AUGCAGCUCGCCCUGGCGGCCAGCUUGAAGAGCGCCAACCAGAUGGAGGUAGAUCAGACGGGCUUCGGCCUCUCUGCCGAUGAAAUGCAAAUCCAGCAGGCGGUCGAACGUUCGCUGUUGGAGAGCGGAGUCGGUUCCGACGCGGUGAGCCUCGUGUCCAACAAUCCCAACCACCGCAAGCGUGAGGGAGGGCUGCCCGUCGGACUCCGUAACGUCGGCAACACCUGCUACUUCAACUCACUGCUGCAGACGUAUUUUUACAUUCCGAGCCUGCGACAAGCCAUUCUGUCGUUCCCAGCUGACGAAGCCGCCAAGAAGACCGACAAGGCUGCCACGGUCGACUUCAUGAAGGAGCUGCAGCGGAUCUUUGCCUACUUCCUGUUCACCAACCAGAAGUGGGUCGACCCUUCGGCGCUUCUCAAGAAGAUCCUGGAUCGCAACGGCACCCCUGUAAAUAUCGGCAACCAAGAGGACGUGAGCGAGUUCAACGAGCUCUUCCUGGAGAGAAUCGCCGAAGGCCUGGACCUCACCUCCAAGCUCACCAACUCCAAGAACAACUCUGAAAUGAUCAAGAACAUGUUCCAAGGCCUGGCUGUAGAGUACCUGAACGCGCACGAAGCCGACGGUUCGCCCAUUGAGACGACCCAGGACGGCGUCGUCGUGGCACAUCUGAUUCUAAUACCGGCCAACUUCUAUGAUCAGAUUUUGCCGGUGGUGGAGGAGGAGAAGGAUCUUUACGAGGCGCUCGACAGCUACAUGGUGGAUGCCGUGAACUACACGACCGAAAAGGGCCACGCGACAGUCGCCGAGCAGUCCAGGUGGUUCAAGAAGCUGCCUCCCGUGCUCAUGCUCCAGCAAAACCGAGUCAAGUUCGACGUGGCGAGCGGCUCGUACCGGAAGCUCAACACGCCGUUGCGCUUCGACCCGGAGGUGUUCAUGGACCGAUAUUUCCUCGAGCAGCGAGAGCAGACGACCCAGGUGAGGAGGGUGGUGACCCAGUGGCGAUCUGACCUGAACGUACUGGACAAGAACAUCAAGGCCAUCACCAACUAUAAGAGUGCGGCGGACUACCUGAGCGAGAAGGAGGGCGACGACGGCCUCGCGGCCUCCAUUCAAUUGCUCAACACCUUCUACAAGCUCGAAACAGACAAGCUCAAACAGCUUCAGGAGGAGGCGCAGGUAUACCGCACCAAGAUUGCGGGAGCCUACGAUCAGUUCCCUCGCAAGGCCUCCUACUCGCUCUUUGCCGUGUGGAUCCACGCCGGUGUGGCCGGCAGCGGGCACUACUGGGCCUACAUCCGUGCCGGCAAGAGGAAGAGGCCUGCCGCCGCUGCCCCUGCUCCUACCGCUGCCCCGGGUCAGACUGAGGAUUCCAAGGCGAAGGACAAGGAGCCCAUGCAAGAGGUCACAGCCGACACCGAGCCUACCGAGGGCGCCGCGGCUACCCAGGAGCUCGAAAUGAUCGACAAGGAGGAAGAGAAGGAGUGGCUCAAGUUCAACGACAUCCUGGUCACCGAGGCCGACGCAGCAACUGUGUUCGCCGACGCGAUCGGUGGGUCUGGCACUGCUACGGGCUAUUUCCUGAUCUACGUGGAGACGGACACCUUGAAGGCCAUCCAGGAGGCCUUCCUGCCCGACGCCGAGACCGAUGGCCAGUACCUCAGCACCAAGACCAUCAAGGAUGAGAUCGAGGCCGACAACGUCAAGUUCCUGGAGACGGUGGAGAAGUUCAACAUGAGUGCGUCGGAGGACAAGGUGACCCAGUUCAAGAACACCUACGAGAACAAGCUGGCCGAAGCCAAGCAGUACACCGAGGACGCCAUCUACACCGCCAACGUGAAGGACCUCAGGAUCAAGAGCUUCUACGCAUUCUUGACCGCCAUCGGCAUGGAGGACAUGGCCAGGAACGAGAUCAUCAAGGACGUCUACGUCCAAACCUUCGAGAAGGGUCUCGAGAAGGACAUGGACUCGAGCUACUACAAGAAGGUGUCCGACCUCAUCGGCGAGGAUAACACCCAGCUCGCCAUCGCCAGCGUCUUUGACAAUGCCGCGGACGUGCUGAGGAAAGAGUUCCAGGACUUCAGGAAGACGGCCCAGCUCUACACGGCCGGACUCAACUUCUUCCUCGAGCGCAGGCACGACCAGGCCAUGAACGCCUUCAAGCUCGCCCUGGUCGCCGACAACCAGGUGGAGCACAUGGAGGUGAAGCGGGCCACCCAGAUCAUGUGCAGCAUCAAGUUCUGCCUUCACAGAAUGGCGGAGGAGGCCAAGCAGAAGCUCGUGACGGGUAACUACGUGGACGCGCUGCCCCUGCUCAACCGGUCCACCCUGUACGCCGUUCAGCUCCUCGACAGGGCCGACCCGUUCUUCGUCCAGCUCAAGAGUGAGAUCACCGGCUGGUACAACAGCCGCGCUUUCCCCAUCACCGACGAAGGCUACAACCGGCUCAACCAGGCGGUGGGCACGCUGCUGGCGCCGGCCUUUGCGGUGAAGCAGUUGGAUCCGACCCCGCUCAGCCUGCCCGACUAUGGCCGCGGCGAGACGGAGAAGUGGGAGGGCGUGGCGCGGCGACAGCACGAGCACCUCACCGCGCUCCAGGAGCAGGCGCCCCACCUGUGGCUCACCCACAUGCCCAUCCCGCCCGAGCGGCCGCCCGCCGCCGCCACCAACCCCGCUGCCGACCCGCAGUCUGGCGCUGCUGCCACGUCGACCUCCACGUCGGCCACGUCAUCGUCAUCAUCAGCAUCCUCGCACGCGUCGCACUACAUCGCCUAG